AUGGAAAUCCUCCACAUAACACGACCAUCCACCACCCAUCCCAAAAUCUGGCGCGCUCGCAAAUCCCCGAUCCACCGCCUCGGCCUCUUCACCACCCGCCCCUUCCUCCACGGCGAAGUUGUCCUCUCCGAACCCGCACUGGCCCGCCACGACUCCGAUGGCCCCCCCAAAGUCUGCGUCCAUAGUCAAGGCCAAUGCAAAGAAGCCGAUACAGUCGAUUUGAGCACCUCAUCCUAUCGAUCCCUCCGGCAAACGAUGGAGAUGUUCAUUCCGCCGCAUGAGAUCCUGACGUUGGAGAUGACGUCCGGGGCGGCUAGGGAGAAGGUGCUCUUUGAGAAACUCGUGCUGGCGAUGGAACAUGGUGGGUUGCCGGUCGAGGACGGGGCUGUGUUGGUCGAGGGGGCGUAUUAUAUCAAUCAUAGCUGCACGCCGAAUGCUUUCGCGGUCUGGGAUCGCGAUCAUGAUCGCUAUACCGUGCGCGCUGACACCGGCAUCCCCGAGGGCGAAGAGGUGACGGUGUCGUACAUCAACUUUUACCUUCAACAACCGCUGCGGAACCACCAGCUAGGUUUCACAUGCGAAUGCCCGUACUGCAUCGCCGAGCGACAGAAUCCAGCCUUCUACUUUGGCAGACUAGAUGGGGUGUGGCCGGCCAUCGAACGCCUGCGAACUUAUCUGCUCCGACACAACGAGUUUGGGGUCGUGGACUAG